CCUAUGAGUGGAGUGGCCGGAAACUGUUGGUCAAUGUCCGAACACACUGACCAUUUGGAGCUUGCGCACAAAAUAGCCGCAGAAUUGGGCGAACCAAAGAAAACUUAUGAAGAACUAGUUACAUUUUUGAAAUCAGCUCCAGCCGAUAAACUUAGUGAAUACAGCUUAGAAUUUGUGAAAAAUAUACAAAUCAAUAUCCGAUUUGCUCCCGUCAUUGAAAGACAAGACGCAGAGCAGCCAUUCUUAACGAAAUCCCCGCAGAAAAUUUACGAGACAACACAAUUCGACUUUGAUGUAUUGUUUACCAUAACUUCUGCGGAAUUCGUAGGAUUGAUGAAUCUUUUUCCUCCGCCAUUGGAAGACGUAUUAAAAAGCGAAUUUGAGUUACCGUUGCCAUUUAAGGGACUGGAAAUUCCAAAAGAUGAUCAAAGGAUUUUGACGAAGAAAAUUCGUGAAUUCUACUUUGAUGGAAGUGCUGAUGCACUUAAGCAAUAUGUGGAUCUGUUGUCGGACAUAAAUUUCGGCUAUGAAAUUGAUAAAACUGUAAAGACCCAUGCAGCCAAAUCAAAUGGCAGAACUUUCUAUGCAGUCUUUUCGAUGGACUCCAAACUGAACGUACUAAAACGCCAAAAUCCGGAAGUUGCUAAUGUUCCUGGAGCCUCCCAUUAUGAUGAGGUUCACUAUUUAUUCCGAUUUAAAUCGGCCCAGUCACUUUAUGAUGACGUUCUAAGCAACAUGGAAGAUGAAGGAUCUAAAAUCAGUCUCAAAUUAAUUGACAACAUCACGCACUUGUUUACGAAUUUCGCAAAAUACGGUGAUCUGUUUGACAAAAAUGAUUCCAUCCAAAUUCGACCAGUUCAAGGUGACAACGUUCAUUAUCUCGAUUUGAACAACUACGGAUUCACAACUGGCUUGAACCCGAAAAAAGAAACCUUCGACUUUUUGGCAGACAUCGAACGACAGGCAAUUUCUGUGAAUUCAUUGAAGCAACGAGAUGAGCUUUAAUUAGGUUCAGUCCAGUUUUGUCGCGUGAAAUGAAUUAUUGUCUAUCUGUCAACGAAGAGAUUUUCGAUUCAUUGUGACAGUUACUUUUAAUAUAGUUGCUUUAGAAAUUGCAGAUUUAAGAUUUAUAUAUUCAAAUAAGAAAGAAAAUCCUUGUUGUAACGUCUAUCCUAAUAGACCAUCUUCACCUAAAAUAAAGUUUGAAAACAUCUGUGGGCUAUAUUCACACAAUAUUAGCCGUGUUUGGCACAUAACAUAGCACACUCGACAAUAGUCAGAUGUAACAAGUGAUAUAACUUAAUCAGUAUUAAACAGAAGCAAAAAGAGA